GUUUCUCCGAAGUAGGGUUUCGUCUCACCGGUGAAAAUGGACGGCGAUGACGACGAACCACAUAUAUCGCCACCGAUUCAACCGGAGACGAUGAAUUUACCGGAAGACAGUGAGAAGGAAGAGGAAGAUCAUGUAAUGAGCGAGAUUCACGUUGGCUGUCCACCGAAAUUCUCAGGAUCUUUCGUUUCUCACUUCACCUUCUCAAUUCCACCAGAUGUUAAGUACAUUGAAAGCAAAUAUGAAUAUGAAGUCGUAGAUGAUUCAAAGCAACACCAGGAAGUUAGCUUGGAUGAUGAUGGCGAUCUUUCUUUACCUAGACGCAAAAAACAUUCAAAGGACAAGUUUGUUGUGGAUAUCCGGCAUAACAUAACAUCAUCAAUUCCGAAGGUUGGUUUGCAGGUUUGGAGAGCCGAACUGGUACUCGCCGAUUUUGUUUUGCAUAAGAUGUUCACUUCGUCUGAGUUUGAUGGGAUUGUGGCAGUAGAACUUGGUGCUGGUACAGGAUUGGUUGGUAUGCUACUUGCACGGGUUGCUAAAACAGUCUUUCUGACAGAUCAUGGGGUAGAGAUACUUGAAAAUUGUGCUAAGACUGUCCAUCUCAACUCCGCAAUGCUACCUUCUAAAACUUCGGUUUAUGUACGUGAACUUGAUUGGAAGGCUUCAUGGCCCCCUAUGCAACGCAAUUCUGCACCUUGUCACAGUUAUGCUUGGAAUCCAUCAGAAUUUGAAGAACUUGAGAGGGCAUCUUUGCUGGUAGCUGCUGAUGUAAUUUAUAGUGAUGAUCUCACUGAUGCUUUAUUCGGUACUUUAGAGAGAUUACUCUCGAGCGGUUUGAAGAAGGUGUUAUAUUUGGCCCUCGAAAAGCGUUACAACUUCAGUCUUGACGAUCUCGACGUUGUUGCAAAUGGGUAUUCGUGUUUUCGAAGAUACGUGAGGGAUGAGAGCGAUGAAGUAGAACACGAUGAUCUUGAAAAUCGAUCUUUAUGUGCCUUUGUCGGCACCCGCAUUGAUCUUACCGAGAUCCCUCGGUAUGCGGAUAAUUACGAUCGAGGACAGGAUGUAGAGCUCUGGCAAAUCAAGUAUGCAAGAGAAGGCUGAAACCUACAUUAAUACUAACCAAUAUUCUCGCGUGGCCCUACGCUCGUCUUCGACACCAUGUUAACUCCGUGGCACACCAUGGCCUGAUGUCUGAUUUCCGUAAGGCGUUGUUUGAUCUUUUUUUAACCUUUAGUGCUAUAUUUUUCAGUUCUUAGUAUAUUAACCUAAUUUAAUUUGUUCAAUAUAUCGACUAAUCGAGAAAAUAGUAGAAAACAUGUAAUGCAUAUUCAAGGGAGAUGAGAUCGAAUCGGUUUUGCUAUC